AGGUAGAAGCUUUGUACAAGCGGUGCGGCGGCACCCGGCAGAUCGGCUUGUCAGUUAGGCGAUAUACAACGUUGCGCUCCCUCGUUUUCGACGGUGAAGCGAAAUUUAUAAAUUGCUUACGGGAAUUUUGAGCAAUUUGUUGUGCGUGUGGGUUGUUUUAAAACUUUGAUAUAUAUCACAAUGACUGUUGAUACUACAAAUAACGUUCCGGAGAAUCCGGAGAAAGAGAAGAUCAUGAAGGAGGACACGCCAGUGGAUAAUGGCCAAACUAAGGAGGAGGCACCGGCUUCAGCGGAGAAAGUUGAAGAAAAGAUCGAAGAGAAAAAAGUAGAACUCUCCCAGCCGAAACCAACUGUCCGUAAAACCAAUUUUGAGAAAGAUGUGGUCUAUCUGUACCAAUUUCCGCGAAAUCCUUUGUUACCAUCAACAUCAUCCUUCUGUUUGAAAGUAGAAACAUGGCUUCGUUUGGCCGGCAUAAAAUACGAGAAUGUUGACCACCGAGCGAAAUACCGUUCCAAGAAGGGCCAAUUACCGUUUGUGGAACUGAAUGGCGAAGAAAUAGCUGACAGCACGUUCAUUAUCAAGGAGCUUUCGGAGAAAUAUAACAAAGAUCUCGAUGCCGCCCUAUCUCCGGAGCAGCGAGUGAUAUCGCACGCCAUGAUCUCUAUGAUCGAAAACCAUCUCUCGUGGGUGAUUCUGUGGUGGCGUGCCAAGUACCCCGACAGCGUCAUCAAGGGAUAUCAGCUUAACCUGCAGAAUGCUCUCAAUACGCGUCUGCCUAAUUCCAUACUUAACUUCUGCUACAAGUUUACCUAUGGGCGCAAGGGAAUGAAGAAAGCUAAGGCGCAUGGCAUUGGCGUUCACAGCCAGGAUGAAAUCAUUGAAUUUGGCAAAAAUGACUUGCGCGUGCUCUCGGAUUUGCUUGCUGAUAGACCAUUUUUCUUUGGUGAUGAGCCGACUCUACUGGAUGUGGUUGCAUUCUCGAACCUUGCGCAACUGCACUUCAUCGACAAGGAAGUGGAACACCCGCUGCGUGACGUUAUGAACGAGUCGUUCCCCAACCUAGUGGGGCUAGUGUCGCGCAUCAAGGAGCGCGCCUUCCUCGACUGGGACGACAUCUGCACCACCCUCGACUUGAAUUCCCAUCUGCCUAAGCCAGUGAAGGAGGUAAAGGAGACGAAGGAGGGCACCGGCCCCGCUGAGAAGCAGCCGCUGCCUGACGAACCAGAGAAGGGCAAGGGUGAUGAGAAGGAGAUGGAGAAAGAGCCAGAGGAGAAGAAGGAGAAGGAGAACGAGAACGAGAAGGAGAAGUAAAGCGCGGCGCGGGACGCAGGUGUCGCGGGCGUUGCGCGUAUUGACAUACAACGUUGAUUGUGCGUUAGUUAGGAGUCAGACUCGUAAUAGUUCUGUAAAAUAUAAGCGCGUAAAUCCAUUUGUCUUUCCCGUACUUUCAGUUGACAUGGAUGCUAAUGCGUCCUUAUUUAUAAUUAUUGUGUGUUUAAUUUUUAUUAUUAUAAAUAUAAUAUAGAUUUUGCUUGAUGUGUCGUAAUAAUAGCAUUGUGUCAGUUCAUGUAGACGACAUAUUGUACACAUACAUAUACGGAUAUAAAAUUUACUAUGCUUUAAAACGAUUUGUUCAUAUUACGGUUGUUUAGUUCUCAUUGCACUGACAGUAUAUUGAACAUCAUUGUUUAUUGGUCGGUGAAACGACUGAAGGAUUUAAUACGUAUAAACUGACAUUGGGAGUACGUGAGGGUAGUAAUUUGAUUCGUUACGUAAAUGAAAUAAGUUCACUGUGUUGUGCUGUGGUCUUCUGAGAAAAAGACAAACGAGACGGUUUUAAUUUAUUUAUAAAGAAUAAGCACCGACCAAAGUACAUUCAUACUCGAAAAAUCGUUUCGACUCGCGAUAAACACGAGUGUCGCUGAUCACCGAACAAUACCGUCGCUGUAAACGUGAAUACUCGGAAAAUAACAUGGUCCUCUUGCUCAUAUUUCAAUUCAAUUGGCUACUUUACGCUGUCAACUACUAUAUGAUUCAAUUUAUAAAAUAUUAGAUUAAUUAAAACCAAAAGAAAUCAUAUUGGUUAUCAUAAUUAGAUAAUUGAACGACAAAUUGUUUGUCGACAGCACCGCCGCUUCGCACGCGUGGCCGGGGGUGUUGUGUAACGUUAGACUGUUUUGAGAUUCUUGUACUUUACUGGGUUUUACAAUGACAAAUUUACAUUUUACAAGUUUUGAUAAACGAAAAAGCCUGGAAGACUGUUUUUUCAUGUUAUUAAUAAUUCAUAGUCCAUAAAAUUUUGAUAUUGUAUUAAUUGUUAAGAUUUAGGAUUGAAUGUACUCAAAAUUUAUAUAUUACUUAUAUUAAAUUGAAUUGUGUCCAUGUUUGAUGAAAUGUCGAUAAGUUUACGUUGAAGUAUAAGCCGCCUCUCGCGUCUGCUGAACCACGAUAUCGAAUGCGUGCAAUGUGUUAUGUGACGUGCUAUUCAACGACAAUUCAACAUGCAACGAGUCUACUGUCGAAUCAUAUACACAUUAUAUAUUUUUUAUUAUAUAACGCGUUAAAUCUACAUUAGCUGAACACAUAAUACCCACUAUCUACCUUAUUUAUACUUAGAUAUAUCUGGCUGAAUAUAAUAUUAACCACGUAGUUUCCGGACCCUUGUCUGGUUGUAGAGAAUAUCGAGUGUUUGGUAUAUGUACGAGUGUUGCGGCUGUUCUCACUGAAGCAGGCUUAACGUACUAACUUAACAUUAAACACAUACGAGUAUACAUAAGGUACAUUCCAUUGCCAUUCCGCAGCCAACUGCUUAUAAAACCCAAAGGUGUUGUUAAGACGUGUAGGAACAUAGACACAGAACUCGGCAAUGUAGUUGUUUGCCUUGGUUAUAUAAUAAUAUCAGCCCUGUAUUAUAUACUGUCCCACUGUUGGGCACGGGCCUCCUCUACUACUACUACUACUACUGAGAGGCAUUGCCUUGGUUAGUUGCUUAUAAUGAUUUUUAGCUAGGUCAUUGGUUCGGAUUUUAGUUUGCUGCCGCUUGGUAAUAUGUCAUUUGUAGUGCGCUUUUAUUGUCUGAUAUCUCCACAUUUCGAUAUGAUUAAUAUUAGAAUAAAUUUAAUGUAAGUGUUAGGUCAAAAAAUAUACAUAAAUAUAUAAAAUCAUUGAAAUGAUAAUCAUAAGGUAAUAAAUAAAUUACUGUAGUGUAUGUAUCGGGUUAUGAUACUUUAGGAGUAGCCGAGUCGAGAGGAGGACGCGGUCGUUUCCAUCACGGCAUCGUGUCAUCGCGAAUGUGCGAAGCGCGACUCAUAGGUAAUAGUAAUCAGAAGAAUAUUUGGUUGUUUUAAAUAUCUUUUGUUUGAUUCUUGGGGACGGUUGACUUGAUCCCUCCCCGCAACUGCUGACCGCCACUGCCAUUAGAUUCAAAUAUAAGAAUUUAAUAAUAAGGAAGUAAAUAAUUUAAGAAAUGGAUACACCUAUAUUUCACUCUUUAUAUCCCGUUUAAAUGAGAGGUGUUCGAUGCGCGAUAGAAAAAAUCACGUGUUUACAUCUACGCGUAUAUUGGACGUUCACGUUCGAGAACGUGCAGUCGUUGCGCGCGUCUGACGCUUGUUGUCUGAACGGGCUCUUAGAUGUCCAGUCUCGCGGCGCCUUGAGAUUUGUUGGCGUGCGGACUGUCAUGUGUAGGCUAGGCGUACGUACAGUUAGUAGUGAUGUUAGCAAGAUUAGGUACGAAGCUUGGAUGUUGACAUUUAGUCUUCUCUUUACUGCUAGUAGUUUCGUGCCACUGUAGAGCCUGUUUCAGUGUGAUGCAUAAGCAAUUAGUGUUGGUAUUUCACUUGUCAUGUGUGGUGUCCGAUAUUGUCAGUUUUCAUCUUCAUGUUAGAACGCGGAUCUUGCGGAAUUGUAUAUUACCUGUAUUAUCCACACUUAUAUGUCAUAAAUAAGUUAGGUGCAUUUACAUUUAUAGUUAUAGGAGCAUUACAGUUAAUCCGCUCAUAUAAUAUCUAAUGUAAUUUUUAAUUUGAGGCAAUAAGGAAUUGGAAAAUAUAUGAACUGUCGGAAUUCAUGAAAAUACAAUAAACGUGACAAAGAUACGUGUGCCAUUCACUCUCAACUAUUUGAAAAUAAAAUUGUAAGUAUUAAAUGCGUGUUUUGAAAAUAAAGCAAAUUGUUCUUUAUUGUCUCAAUAGGUUUUUAGUACCUAUCUAUAUUAUUUAUAUUUACUUAACAUGACAUAUAAUAUUAUUCUGACUCAACUUAUAUUGUAAGUUAGUGCUAUAUUAUACAAGUUAUAUUAAUAAGUAUCUCAAGUAUGUUAUAAUAUAGAAAAAUAGAAAAUUUUAAGAAAAAUACGAGUUGUAAUAUCUAUUAGUUACGUUUUCCAUUUGUAAUCAUUGUAAUUCAUUCACUUAUAAUAAUAUUAUAUUGUAAUUUUCAAUUAUUGUGUCAAUAUUUAAGAAUAAGCAUAUUCUGGUAGAAACAAGUAAUGGUUCGCUAUAACUGUACCAUUUAUACACAACUGAGCUUUCAUGUGGACGCGAUAGUCUUCUAAGGAUUUCAAUGUAAUAUUCUGUCGCCAUUAAAAUAUAAUUACAAAACCUA